AUGGCCUCUUCCAACUUAAAAAUGGGGAUUAUCUUCCUAAUUCAGACAGGAGUGGGAAUCCUGGGUAAUUCCUUUCUUCUUUGUCUUUAUAACCUCACUUUAUUCACUGGGCACAAGGUGAGACCCACAGACUUGAUUCUCAAACAACUGGUCAUAGACAACAACUUGGUGCUUUUCUCCAAAGGGAUCCCUCAGACCAUGGCAGCUUUUGGAUGGAACUAUUUCCUGGAUGAUGUUGGAUGUAAACUUGUCUUUUAUUUACACAGAGUGGGCAGAGGAGUUUCCCUCAGCAUCACCUGCCUGUUGGGUGGCUUCCAGGCCAUUAGGCUUCAUUCUAAUAUCUCUGGGUGGAUGGAGCUCAGAAUAAGAUCCCCAAAGUGCAUUGGCUUCUGCUGUUUUGUCUGCUGGAUUCUGCAUCUCCUAUUAAACAUCUAUAUUCCUAUGAAAGUAACUGGGCCAUUGAACAGCAAAAACCUUAGUUUGAAAAAAAUAUAUGGCUACUGUCCUAGGCUACCACUAGAUAAAUUUAUAGGCUCAAUAAAUGUUGCCAUGUAUUUUUUCUUUGACUUUAUGUGUUUGGGCCUCGUGGUCUGGGCCAAUGGCUCGAUGGUAUUUGUCCUGCACAGGCACAAGCAGAGAGUCCAACACAUUCACAGCCACAACCUUUCCUCUAGAUCUUCCCAUGAGGCCAGAGCCACGUGCACCAUCCUGAUCCUGGUGAGCACCUUUGUCUCCUUUUACUCUCUCUCUUCUAUUUUGUCUUUUUGCAUAGCGCUUAUUCUGAGUCCAAAACAGUGGCUGGUAAACACUGCUGUGUUCACAGCAUCAUGUUUUCCUGCAUUCAGCUCCUUUGUGCUCAUCAGCACUGAUGAGCGUGUCUCUCAGUUCUACUUUGCCUGCUGGACGAGAAAAACAAUUUUCCAUAAUCUAGUAAAAUGGCAGUAA